CAGGCGCCAUUUUGUUCGCCUGUGAAGCUGAGAAGAGAUAAGUCCAGUCCAGGAGCGCCGACCACUCUACAUGAACCAUACCGAACAUACUUAAUUCCAGUCGGUAUAAACUGGUAAUUGUGAACGCUUUAUUUGAAGUGAUUGAACAUUUUUUUUAUUCAUUUAUUUACUUACUUUAGUUUAGUCUACUAGUCGUGUUAAAGUUAACAACAUGCUACCUGAAGUUAGCAUCAUGCUAUUCGAAAGCCAUUGAACGGCGUGUUAUUUUCACGUACACAGCUUUUAGAGUUAAAUCUAUAAAAAUUAUUUGUUCUUUACACGUUGUUUGUCUCAGUGUUUGUCAUCUAACAACCUUCAUAGUUAAACAAAUCACACCAGACACGACACUAAGGCCUAACAUGACGAAUGAAAAAAAAACAUAUUUGAUUUAAACAGUGGAUUUGUUUCAAAAUGUAUUUCAUCUUAAUCGAACUUAAGCGUUUUUCCGAAAUUCGAGUCUAAAUCGUUUUCGCUGUUUAAGUUUUGUUUUGUUUAUGAGCGUCUUGAUUAUGUUCUAUAUAUAUAUGUUUCAUCUGUAAAAAUGUGUCUGAAAUGUUUGAGAUUAAUAUGCGCGGAUUUUGUAAACCGCACCAUAAAUUUACAGGUGCAGAUGCAAAAUCCGCACAAUAUUUAUUCAGAUAAUACCAAUUUUAAAACUUGAUAAAUAUGAUUUAAACCACAAUGAACCAAAAUGAGUUAAAAUACAAAAUUGUCUUCACAAUCUGAAAUUGUGUGUAUUAUCUCUUUUUAUUGUGUCUCAACAUGUUUUAUAAAUCCAAAAACAUGCUGCCUCUCUUUUGAGAAUAUUUUCCAUGUCAAAAAGAAAUAUUGUGUUCCCAUCCUUAUUCAGAUAACCUAUUGUUCAGCAGAUGGGGAGUGUUUUUGUCUCUUCUUUUGAAAUGUAGGUUAUGCAAGAUCUUGUCCUUCAUUCCAGAGGAUAUGGAUAAUGAAUUAGCUUCCCUGAAGAUUGCUGCUUUUUUUUAAUCUCACCAUUGAUUUUUGGCUUUCCUCUAUUGGCCAUAUUUUUAAAAGUUCCAGUCUACCCCCUUUAAAUAUUCCAUCUGCCUUCAGGAGACGUAGAAGAGAUCCCUCGUUUUUUGUGUUUCCAACAUCUCCAAGAUAUCCAGUCCUGUUUUUUUUGCCCUCGGCUCUUCUUUUUUGACAACAUCUAGUUUGAGGAUUUUUUUUAAAACUCCCCCAAAACCCCCUCACCAGUCAAUUAACAACAGUAUUGGAGAAAAAAAAAAAAAAAAAAAAAAGACGGACAUUUUCCACCACCUGCCAAUUUUAACACAGCAGUCUGAUGGGAACAAGUCUCUAAGAGAGGCAAAAGUUGCCCCAUCUCCCCCUGUUCACUCUUUACUCAUCAGUCAAGUGUUCCUUCAGGAUCCACACAGUGCGGAGCGACUCUUCAAGAAGCGCUUGAGAUCACCAGGGAACGUCUCAGCCACUGCAGGGAGAUUCGCGUGGACCCUAUCGCAGGCGUCCCGGACGAGAUCCCAGCAUCACUGAAGAGCUCCUGACCUAGAAGACUACAUAUUUGUGCCGGAAUGACCAUGCAAGGAGAUGACUGCUACUUCUACUACUAUUCCACCUGUACUAAGGGUGACAGUUGCCCUUUUCGACACUGCGAGGCCGCUAUGGGUAGCGAGACGGUCUGCAACCUGUGGCAAGAGCAAAGGUGCUUCCGUGCCGUCUGCAAGUUUCGGCAUAUGGAAAUAAAGAAAAAUCGCAAGGAAAUCGCAUGCUAUUGGGAGAACCAGCCGGCUGGCUGCCAGAAACCUCACUGUGCUUUCCAUCAUGAGAAGCCGCGUGUCAUCGAUGGGAAUUAUUUUGCCCCAGACAAAGGGCAAGUAGUGCGAAAGGAGAAGGAAGAGACCUCACAUGAGGACCAAGUCAACCAAGUCCCUGCGCCCGCUGCAAACCCCACUAACCCACAGUUAAGAGGAGUCAUUCGAACUGACACCCAAGAGAAUGUCCCCAGUCCAACCCAUCCACCAGUGGUCAUCAACCCUGUCGAUGACGAUGAUGAAGAUGAUCAGUUCUCAGAGGAAGGAGAUGAAUCUCUUGGAGGAUCACCCCGGAAAAUGAUCACAAGCAAAACUACAUCUAAUUGUCAUGCAGAUGAUUCACUGAACUUUGGUAUCCAGACAUUAGAGGAGAUCAGAUUGAGGAAAGCCCUCAUGGCCAGUCUGAAGAAAUCUGGGCAGUCCGCUAUGCAAAGCUCUGCCCAAAACAAAGAUUCUGCUAUUGAAAAGGAAAACAUUCGAUCUCUCUCACGUCUGGAAGUUAACAAUGCCACCAUUGAUUCUUCUGUUAAUGAAAUUGGAAGAAGAAAAAUUGCAGACAGACUUGGGAAAAGAGUUUUAAAAAGAGAUGCGCCUGUGGAGGAAGACCAACCUUUAAAACGAAGCCUUGCUGAACGUCUCGGUGGAAUUGUUGAGUCUUCCACAGACGUGCUACCACAAAAAGCUCCAGUGCGUGACAGACUCGGAUUGACUGCCGCUCCGCCUAGCACCGACAGCGAGCCGAAAUCAUCUGGAGAUAUCCGUAUAAAAACCCUUGAGGAGAUUCGGCAAGAGAAGGCAGCCAGAAGCCUCAACACGAGUAAAGUUGUGCGUGUUGUGAAAGAAACGCCAGUGAAGGAGCUGAGCCCGUCCAAGAAAAGCAUCAAACCAAUUGGCGGACCUCAAGUUAAGACCUUCUCGGAAAUCCUUCACGAAAAGAAAAAAUUGCAGGAGAAAAAAGCCAAGGAAGUGAACACAGCCAAAAGCCCAGAGAGCAACGAAGGACCUUCCACUGCUGGAGCUGCAGUCAAGGCUCCUGUGACAGCUGGGGAGGUACGAGUAAAAACACUAGAGGAGAUACGCAGGGAAAAGGCAGCACGGAUGCAGGCGCAGCUUCAAGAGACCACAGACGAUAAGACCCCGACCUCAACAGAAGCAGAGUCAAGUGGACCUCCAAAGAGGCGCAUUCUACGCAUUAAUAAAUCCUCACCUGCAUCCACUGUGAGUCAGACAAAAUCAGAUGCACCUGAUGCGAAACCUGAAGCAGCUGCAGAGGCAAAUGGAAAAGACAAUCCCUCAAGUGAGACUGUCAAAGUGAAAACUUUUGAGGAGAUCAUGCGAGAGAAGAGACUCCGCAAGCUGCAGGAAGAGCAAGUCACCUCCAGCAACCAGAAAGACGCAGCACCUGCUGCCUCACCGCCACCAUCCUCUGAACCCUCUGCCCAGCCCCAAACCACAGUGAGACAGCGGGUUGCCCUCAAACACAGGAGCUCUCCGCUUCCUGCUGCUGUGGUGCCCCAGAAAAAAUCCCCUGAGCGCUUUGGAAACAAGACUCCAUUGAUAAACACACCGACUCCGUCGAACACACCAAAGCCCUCGACGUCCCCCGUGAUACCUGUCCAGCUAGCUGAGGGAACGAUUCAAACAGAGACAAAGGUAAAGCCCAAGGUGAAUGUGAAGCCAUCAGUAAUGAAGCCAGCACCCCAGCCUAGCCAAAAGAGGAAAGCUACAAAAGUUCAUUCUGCUGUUGCUGAAGUGAAACCUCUCAACACUGCCUGUCAAACACCUUCCUCGCUAGUUGCUCCCAACAAACGGCAUAGGGCAGCGUCAAUACCCUCUCCAGACGUUAACUCUGAAACUCAGCAGGUGCCUUCCAACACAGAGGAUGUUCAAAUGGUGCCUGUGAGCUGCGUUGAGCCCGCCAGUACUACAUCACCUGAAAUUGUUGCGGUCCCCCAAAGCCCUGUGAUCAAAACACCCAGCAUGCAGCGUUCUCGGCGGUCCAGCACUGCUACUUCUCGUACUCCUGCUGUUACCAGCUCAUCAGUGGAUGACUUUGAAGACCUGUUAGAUGAAUUUACUGACGAUCGCCUCGAGGAUGACUUGGAAUUGGAGUCGGGCAAGGGAGAGGACGACCUCCUUUUAGAACUCUCAGAGAUGAUUGACAGUUAGACAUGAGCGAUGUCAUCGGUUUACUUACGAAAACACUGCCGCUAUGAAUUUUGAAAGGACUGUGACAUCAUUUAACCCACAUUUUAAAUUAAGACUUUUAUUUUCAAACUCUAAUAGAUCUGUUUUAAUGUUCCUUUUAGAUUUUUUUUUUCCAAUUCUUGUCAAUGUAAAUAUGAUUUCUUCAUCAAAUAGUGCUUGAGAAACACCAGCUGUGGUGUCUAGGUUUUGUCCUUUUGUUUUCUUUUAGUUGACAACCUAAAGCUGUCAAAAAAGGAAAAAAAAAGUCUUAUUUAGCUGUUGAAGAUAUUAACAAGCCAUUGUAAGGCUUCCUCAGGUAUAAUGAUUGUAUUGGAAAUUGUUAUAGCACUAUCAUUCAUUAUGUAUUACAAAGACAGGACGUUUUCAGUUGUGUACUGUGUAUGCCGAGAAAAAUCACUUUUUAUUUUAGAGGCUUAUCAAGGCCACACCUUUCUUAGUCUUCAUUUUGAGUUACAUGCAUUCAUGAUCCAUUAAAUGUUCUUUGGCUGACAUUUUUGUUUUAACAGGUCUUCACUCACGUUUAAUCUAGUAUGUAGGCAAAACGUUUUAUGGCCCUGUUGUUUAUCGAUCUGACCGAUAAUUCCAAGUCAUGGCUUUGCUUUCCUUCCUCUCUUUCAUUUCAGCGUGAAUCGUCACAUUUUAUGCUACAUGAAAUUCCCUUGUGGACCAUUUACGUUUUCACCUUGUGAAAUAUGAAAUUAUUUUAGCAGUGAAUUUCCUUCUCAGACUUCUGAAUGAAACGUAAAUACAAAGCGGUGUUCUCAGGGAAAAUACUUCAGCUUUGCUAAUGUUCGCUUACUCUGUAUAUUGUGUUUACUUUGGAAAUGUCUCGGCCGUCCAUGUCUUAUUUGUUUUUAUUCACCGUAAUUGUGUGACAUCAUGCAUUAAGAACCUAAGAUGUGAAAUGUUACCGUUGCUGCGACGUCUGCCUUCUCUUUAUUUGCACCUCUUCAAAAUCAUCUUUGUAAAUAAAAUCUUUAUGAGAGAA